AUGGGAAAAUUGGAUACUCCACUGUACAAGUUAUCUGCGGAUGAUCGGAAUCAUGUUUACGAACCGGCCGAGGACAGCUUUUUACUGCUGGAUGCACUCGAGGACGAGCUGGAAGCGAUCAAGCGCGUGCGACCGCUGCUGACGGUGGAAAUCGGCCCCGGGAGUGGCAUAAUCAUCAGUGCACUCUCCAAGGCGCUGGGAAGUGAUAACGGCUUUUACGUAGGUGUGGACUUAAAUCCACACGCCUGCAGGGUGACAGACCGAACCGCUCGGAUGAAUCCAGGUUGUCAAGUGGAAGUUGUAAAUAUGGAUCUGUUGAGUGGAUUCGGUUCCCGCAUGAUCGAUCUGUUGAUAUUUAAUCCACCUUAUGUACCUACGAGUGAAGAGCAAACGGAAACGGAACUUGAGGAGCAGAUCGAUCAGUUUACAAGCGAAGGGUAUGGCCUGGUUAAAUCUUGGGCUGGGGGGUUAGAUGGUAUGGUCGUUACCGAUAGGGUUUUGCGGGAUCUAGAUAGAUUGUUGUCACCAAAUGGCGUUUUCUAUCUGCUACUUUUGAAAGAGAAUAAGCCAGACAAAAUAAAAGCGCGAUUAGAGGCUAAUAGCUUUAGGAUGGACGUUAUUAAGGAGAGAAAAAUUAUAGGAGAACAUUUAUUUGUUGUGAAAAUCACUAGAAAGGUUAGCUAAAGAGAGCUGAUUAAUAUAAUUUUCAAUAUGUAUUUUCGUUUAUACCAUAAAAGAAUUAUUAUUUUAGCAAUGGAGUUUAAUUAUACAUGUAUAUACAUUUAAACUUACGAAAUAAACCGUAACAUAAGACGAGAAAUAUUUUCUGGACUCAGCGUCAUCCUGCGCCACUCUACUUCAAUACAGUUUGCGAAUAUUUCGCCCUGCUUUCAUUCUAUACACCGUCCGCGUCCUGUACAACAUAUCUUUUUUCUUCGUUUUCAUAAAUAUACAAAUAAUU